GGGAUUUAAAUAUACCUUGUCAUAACAACUUGCAAACAAAACAAAUCAAAAUGGCUCAAGCUGCUUCUAAGACGUGUGAAAUUUGUGUUUCAGGACCUGGACAUAACUAUUGUGAACAGUGUGACCAGCUGUUUUGUGAUGGAUGUAAAAUAUCACAUUUACGUACAAAGAUGACCAAGGAUCACACAUUUCUAAGUGGCCCAAAUAUAAACCCGGAAGUUAAACAAUAUUGUAAAGAACAUGAUGAAAACUUUAUAUAUUACUGCAUGGAAUGUAGUACGCCGAUAUGCAAAAUAUGUGUGAUUAAAAAGCACAAAUCACAUGAUUUUGCUGAAAUCAAGGAAUCAACUGAAGGGAUCAAAGCUGAAGUGAAAAUGGUAAUCGACAUGAAGAUGAGAAACCUACAGUCAAAUAUAGCAGAUAUUGACCAAGGUUCAAAUCAAUAUAAGACCGAUGUUAAUGGAGUCAUCCACGCUAUAAGAGAAGUAGGCAGAAAAUUAAAAGAAAUGAUUGAUGAGACAGUUGAAGGUCUUAUUAUAACAGUGAAAAAGAAGGACACAAAGAAUGUCCAAACCUUAGAGUCUGUUGGCAAUGAAUUAAAAACAGCUUUGGAUAAAGCAAAGGAGCAACAGAAGUUCUAUCAAGACACACAGGGUAUAAAAGAUACAACGAAAUUAUUACAAAAGCUAAAACAAAUAAAGUCACAAAUCGAUCAAAUAGAAGAAAUACAGGUUCCUGUUAUGCCAUCAGUCAAAUAUGCUAGAAAGAAAGCAGCAGAGAGUGAAAUAGAGAAACUGUUUGGAGAAUUAAUAUUUGGAGAAAAUGUCAAAAUAGAAGCAAACCUAAAACCUAGGAAGAACGUCAGAGUUACAACAACAGCUAAACAAUACAGAUACAGAUGCGACGGAUGCAGGACAGAAAUAAUUUCUGAGAAAGAGCCUAAUAGUAUGUAA